GUGGGGUUGAUGAUGCAUUGAAAAAGAACUCAAGAUCUUUUUGCUCAACUGGUUUUGUGGACUCUGGCUGUGGGAGUGUCCUCCUGCCUGAAUAGCUGCUCUCUCUCACACACACACACACACACACACACACACACUCUCUCUAUCUCAGUGUGCCUUUACGUCUCUCGCCCUGUCAGCCUCUCCUGUUUCUCCACAGCCUUAGCAGAAGUCACAACGGCAAAAUGUUUCUCGCAAAAAGACUGAUCGGAGGCAUCUUUGAUGUUGUAAGCAACAUUGACCCGUCUCAGUUUGUGCCUUCACAACCUCCUCCUCCACGCAGACCUCUAAACUUCGCUGAGGCUCACGAGAAUGAUGAGGAGAAACAGUUUCGGAGAGUUUUCCAACAGCUGGCUGGAGAUGACAUGGAGGUGAGCCCCAUAGAGCUGAUGGACAUCCUCAACAGAAUCAUCGGCAAACAUGGAGGCCUGAAGACCGACGGUUUCAGCAUCGAGUCCUGCAGAAGCAUGGUUGCUGUAAUGGACAGUGACAGCACAGGGAAACUGGGCUUCCACGAGUUCAAAUACAUGUGGGGCAACAUCAAGAAAUGGCAGGGUAUCUACUUAAAAUAUGAUGCUGAUGGUUCGGGUACUAUCUGCUCUGAAGAGCUGCCGAAAGCCUUUCACGCUGCAGGUUUCCCUCUGAAUGACCAGCUCUUUAAGCUGAUUAUCCGUCGCUAUAGCGAUGAGCAUGGCAGCUUGGACUUUGACAAUUUCAUUGGCUGCCUGGUGCGAUUGGACGCCAUGUGCAGAGCCUUUAAGACUCUGGAUAAGGACAACAACGGCACCAUUGAACUGGAUGUAAAGGAGUGGCUUCAGCUCACCAUGUACUCUUGAGGCGACGGCGAGAAACUGCUCCAGGAAACAAUACUUUAUCUCAUCCCCGACCCCCUCCCAAUCCUCGCACUACACUUGUGUGUGCGCGCUUGCAGAUGUGCAAUAGAACCCCACUGUGUCCAUGGGACCAAAAGGUCAGCAUAAAGCUAAAGUCAGGAGAAAAACAAAGUGGGACCAAAGAGGAGCUGAAGCUGACUGCUGCACCGUCCUGCUGCUUGCCUCCCAUCGUUACAGUUUUCUAUAUUUUUCUGUUUUCAUGGCCAAUUAUAAACGGUUAUUGGUUUCUAACAGAACAUAAUAAAUUACACAACUGACAUUCA